AUGGUAUCUAUGGCUAUCAUUGUCAGUGUAAUGAAGGAUUCUGUGGAAAUGGUAGGACCUGCACACCAGUUUCCGGUAAGACUUCAUGAUCAGCUUUCACUAUAUUUGUGGGAUAUAUAUAUAAUACAUAAAUAAAUAUAAGUAUUAUAUAUUUAAAAGAUUCAUGGUUUCUGAUUGACUAACAGCCAACUGUGAAAUGGUGAUAUCAACUCAAAAGCUGACCAAAUAUGAAGUUUUUAAAUAAUAUUCAACGGAGCGACGUCGUGAUGUUGAACAUGAAAAAUGAUAUUCAACGUUAUGACGUCAUAACGUUGAAUAUGAAUACAAUAGUAUUCAACGAUUAGUAAUUACAAUACAAAUAAUAACACAAACUACGGACUUGAUAAUUCUUCACAUCAUGCUCAACUCUCAUUCAAUAAUUGUUAAAUACGUAUAUAAUGCACCGUAUGAUCUACUGUAAAAGUGGAGGUUCUUCAGUUCAGACCUAGGCGUCCUGUGUGACAUCCCGCAAUAUUCCCACGUAAUAGGCAAAUCCUGAAGUCAGGUCUUUUAACAGUUUCAAAUUAAGCAGUUUAGUGGAGAUUUUUAUCUUGAUAUUUUUUAACUCUUCCUGUCCAAUUCAACCCGUUUACAUUUGCAUUUAUGUAAGAUUAUAUUAUUCGUAUAAUUUUUUUUCAGAUCCAAAACGGAACUGUUCAUGUGAAAACAAGACUUUCUGCUGUACCUCUGCAAAUAACACCUGUCCUGCUCACUGUCCAAGUAUGUUAAUCCACCAAUGCUUUAUCAGGGUUUUUUCAGGAUUGUUUGCUAGGUCCGUUUUUGCAGGGAGUCUAGGGGCAUCUGUUACCCUCCUCCCCCAGAAUCACAAGUUUAGUCUUUACAUGCCUUCAAAACUCAAUUCAAGAUUGCGUUUUGGGGUCCGUUCAACGGCCACAAAAAAGGCCUGGGGCCGGUUGUUCAAAAGCCGGUUUGCUCACCCCCAGCUAGGUUAACCUAAAAUUCAAAGCGAACUUCCCAACAGCUUAUUUAUAAACUUGGAAAUAUUUCUUCAUGCAGAAAUAUUGUGUGGAUCAAUGAGAGUUUUCUUUUAGUCGGAUUUUUUGCUGCUGCUCCCGUGGUUAGAAACUUAGGUUCAAAAUUGUAUAUAGUCUUCCGCUCCAAAUUUCCAUCCACAAAACCCCUGCAAAUGUUAGUUGUAUAGAGUGAGCAGUGCUGUAAAAGUUACUCAUUUUUUGGAACUAGUUACAGUUACAGUUACAUUCCCAAAAAAGGAACUAGUUACUGGUAAAAGUUACACUUAAAAAAAUGUAACUAGUUCCCGUUACAAAAUUACUUCCAUAUUUUUGUAACUAGUUACAAGUUACUUCAAGUAAGAAAAAACCCAAUUUUUUUCAACUUAAUGAUUAGUGGUCAGCAGAUUGACGUUAAUUAUUUGUAAACGUUAUGUAUAACCUUACCAUGCACUAGUGGAUCUCUCAGCUGUGUUAAGCACUGAAGCAUGCGUUGUCGUAGAAAACCGUGAGGAGAAUUUCGAGAACUGAGAGGUGAAUUGUAAGUUUUAACCGCAAGAAUGUAACGAAAAAAGUAGCGUAAACGUUGGUUAACGCAUUAUCGUUUCAUUUUAGGCCAAAAUGUAACUCGUUACAGUUAUACAGUUACCUUAUUUUUAAAGUUAACUAUAGUUACCAUUACAGUUACUCAAAAAGUAACGAUUACUUGUAAUUUCGUUACUUGUAACGAAGUUACUUACAGCACUGAGGGUGAGAUGCCCCAAAAUCUCAAUAGCUUAUUGUGUACAAGCUACUUAAAGCCUACGAGAGAAACUUGCGUCGCCUGGCGGCUAGCUCAGCUAUGCAUUUUCACCGCACACGUUGGGAAAACCUCUCAACAACAACAUAAUUGACAAAAUCGUUUGCAUUUUCCUCCAUUGUGUUCAAAGUCACAUGAAGAAACUAUGGUUUCUCAUAAACAGCUCAGCACUAAGCUCACAACAUCCUCAAACGUUGAGACUUUUUCCUCGCGAGAUGAAAAAUAUCAAACACGAUAGAUAUUUUCCUCAAUGCCUCGAGAGGUCAAAUCCUCACGAAAACUAUCCGCACACGAGAGCAACUUGCUGAGCUAGCUGCCACGCGAGGCGGUUAACUCAGCAAGUUGCUCUCGUGUGCGGCAGGCUUAAACUGGAUGUUUUAGACGCAUUAUAAUGAGCAUGAAUUAAUCAGCUUCUAUUCUCUUCCCGAUGGCUUUUUAAUUACACACGAAUGAUGAGUAAACCAUCAUAUAUAAACCGAAAUUUGACUAUAUAUCAUAAAUCAAUAUAUACGUUUAGAUUGUAGAACAGAAGAAGCAUGCACUACUGCUUUGUGUGUUCCUGGUUCUGCAAAUUUGACCUGUUGGUGUAAUAAGACAUGUGGCAGAGGUUAGUACUAUAUCUAUAGUUGCUUAUUUUAGCCGAUCCCGCGCAAAAAAAGCAAUCUAAUAAUAUUUUUUUCUGUCUGUGUAUGGGCUCCUUAUAUGGUCUUACAGUUGGUAGAAGGCCGUAAAAACACGGCAAAAUAGAUCGUACACGGACUGCAUGAUUAUUAGAUUUACACACAAGUUUUGCCUAAAAUUGUCGCAUGCAACCUGCUUACAACUUGUGAUCGAUUUUUAAGUUUGUUUGCCGCUGAGAAAUGUAUCAAGAAUUUAGAAAACUGAAAAUAGUCGUAACCAAGUGGAAAAGUAUAUCUAUAGCACAGAAUAAAGACAUACAGAAGUGUAACUUCCAUUACAAAACCGUAAGGCGCUUUUUACCGAAAUAGCUGGCGGCCAUGUUCUUAGCAAGUGCCCUAAAGAGAGGCAUUCACCCCCCUGGAAUAUUAAAUUUUCAAUAUGUUUUCAGGGGGGUGACUGCCUCUCUUUAGGGCACUUGCUAAGAACAUGGCGGACUGAAAAAAUCCCUUACGCACUUUUAAUAAGAAGAUACACUUCUGUAUGUCUUUAUUAUGUGUCUAUAGUUUUGAUCGCGUAUUACGCAACAUAUCUUUGUAUUUUCAACAAAUUCAUUCAAUAUAUUUUAUUGAUUGCAUUUACUUUUUGUGUUUAGUUCAUGGUAACUUCAGUGCCUGGAGUAAGUGGAGUAAUUGCAGUAGACUCUGUGGUGUUGGUACACAGACGAGAACACGAAACUGCUCUAAUCCAACUCCAGAGAAUGGUGGAAGGAAUUGCUCUGGAAAUUAUAGCGAAUCACGGUUCUGUAACCUUACUACAUGUCCCAGUAAGUUUAUUUCUCGGUCGUGUCGCACAUGAUCUUCUCUUUAAUUUUGUUCGUGAUAAUCAUGCAGGCUGCAUAAUAAUAUUUUCAAGUAAGCGGCUGUGGUGAGAAAGUAGGCGGCUGCCCUCAAUACAAGGUGGCUGUAAGAUAUCAGAUGUGGCUAUAAUGCUCGUCGAAAUCCGGCAUACUUCCUAGCCACAAAUCGCGAAAAAAAAGCAAGAUGGAUGCACACUAUAAUUUAAAGAAAGUAGCCAGCAGUAAACCUUAUUACAACUGCCACAGCUCUGGCGGCCGUUGCAACGAAAAUGGCGCGCAUGAAUGAUCUAUAUUGGUGUACAAUCACAGACAUUUAACAAUUAUUAGGUGGUUAUCGGGGAAUAUUCGCCGAGACGAAGUCGAGUAUUUUAAAAGUUUUAGUAUUUUUACACAAGUAUUUUGCGUAAGUUUUUGCAUGGGACUGAAUUUAUUUUAAUUUCGCUUAUUUCUUUAUCAGUAACUUCCAUGCACAAAACGGCUAGCCGCCAUUUUGAAAAUUUUGUUAUAUUCAUCUGUAUAGAUGAAUAUAACAGGUCAAAUUUGACCAACCAACUUGUAGGAUUUGUUAUAUUCACUUGUCCAAAAAAUACUAAAUAUACCCCUGCAUAGUCAACGCUUUCACGAUGACAUCAUACAUGCAACAAAACAACUACCAGAAUUAAUUCACGUAUACUGAGUAUCAACGUUAAAGAACAGGGGUCGGUUGUUCGAAGCCCGUUUAGCUUUCAUUUAUAAAAUAUGUGAAUCUGUUAGUUAAUUUUGACUUAUCCGCCGUUUAAGCUAAACGAGCUUCGAACAACCGGCCCCAGGAAUAUGUUCGUAUUCUAAGUAAACUUGCGGAUUUUCAACAUCGCACAUGCAGCAAUUACGUGAUUACAAAGAAAUUUUUAUUUAUGCCUAAAAUCUCUAAGAUUAGAAGUAUUUUUUUACAUAAGGAACGCGUACCGUAUUUACUCGUUUAAGCGCCGCGGCGCUCUUUAAAUUUUCAGAGCUUCAGAUGCGGCGCUCAUUCGGGGGCGGCGGUCAAUCGGGGGCGGCGCUCUCUAAAAAAUAUUUUAUUUGUUAAUUAUGACAAGAACUUUUAACUAUAAAAUAGACAAGUUUUAAAAGGUUUUUGUUACUAGAUGUCCCCAUUUUGACGGCUGAAAGUUUUUACACUGUUUAGUGCGGCGCUCAUUCGGGGGCGGCGCUCUCUAAAAAAAUUUGAUCUCAAAUGCGGCGCUCAUUCGGGGGCGGCGCUCAAUCGAGUAAAUACGGUAUGCACAAACGUUUAUAUAUAUAUUGCACCGAAAUUUUACCAAUCUCGUUCCCAGAUUGAAAUUUUACCUGAAGUACAAGGAUCCAAACUGUCGUUUGACUAGCAAUGAUCUGUCUCGUCUCCGGGCGCUAUAAAACGAUUUCACAUAUAGUCACUAUAUAAAAGGUUUACAUGAAGUAGUGCGUCACAUUAUAGGCGCGCAAAAGGGAAUGGGAUAUGAGCGUUCUGGUUAGCGCCUAGCCGAUCUUGUAUAAUAGCUGUCGAACAUAAAACAAGUAAACAGCAGAUCUAAAUAUAAAUGCCUUCAUGUAUAUCACCAGAAAAAAAUAAAGCUAUCCUUACCUGAAUUAUUCAAAAUAUUGUCGAUCGUUUGCAUUGUGAAAAUCCAACAUACUGCAUGUAAAUAAAGUUUCAUCGCUCCCUUGUUUAAAAAACGUCUUGUAACUAGAUUUUUAAAAUAAAUUCCCCAUUGUGAUAAGGACGCAUUGUCAUUUUUCCAUACCUUGUAAAGUUAUUAUAUAAACCUUUCUACAGCGUCGUUGACCUCUUCAAGGGUUGACAUCUCCGAAUCGUUUGAAGGGUCAAAUGAUAUCAAAUAUCAUCUGACGUAAUCACAUGUUUAAAUUGAUCAAUUUGAAAUGUUGUUUUCUCAAAAAAAUGGCGAAAAAAGCCCCAAAACUGUCGAAAAACCACGAUUUGCAAGAAACAGACAAAUUUUUGCAAGAAACGGCACAAGAUCUCCCAGGCUCUCCUCAAUUUUCGCUGCCUCACGCCCAUAAACCAUAUCAGUGCCAUAAACCCCUGCGCUUGUUCGUCGCGAUGCACUACUUCAUGUAAACCUUUCGUAUAGUGACUCGCAUGAAAUGUUUUUAUUAGCGCCUGGGGACGAGGCAGAGCAAUUAAAUGAGAAAGUCGAGAGAAUGUUACUAUAUAUGCGAAUACUGCAACCAUGCACAACUUUUUUAUUUGAAUUUCUUCAUGAAUUGUUAAAAAUGGGGUCAAUCAUGAAUAUAGAUUAGAAUAUAUGAAUAUAGAUUAUAUAAUAUAUGAAUAUAUGAAUAUAUGAUUAUAUGAAUAUAUAAUAUAAUAUAUGAUAUGUAAUAUAAUAAAUAUAUAAUAUAUAAUAUAAUGUAUAAUAUAUAAUAUAAUAUAUAAUAUAAUAUAUAUGAAUAUAUGAAUAUAUAAUAUAAUAUAUGAAUAUAUGAUUAGAAUAUAUGAAUAUAGACAUGAAUAUAGAUUAGAGUUUCAAUUUAGAUGAUGUUGAAACAACAGAAAUUUGGGUAUUGUUUACACCAAAGGUUCCUCACAUAGCGCAUGUGCAGAACAGACUUGACCUCAUCUUUAACGAUUUUCCAAUACUAGCGCCUGUUUUUAAGUAAGUAUCUUAUUUUUUAUUUAAAUUUUUAUAGCUAUUGCAUUUUCUAAAAAAAAUUAUACUGGAAAAGAAGUUGAUGGCACUGUUACAGUUCAGGUUAAAGUUAUCUCUGGUAAAGUGGUGGAAAACAUUACUAUCAG